AAUACCAAGAUGUCAAACUGCAGCUGAUAUUUCUCCAGACAGAGGAGGAUAAAAUUAAGGCAAAACUCAAUAAAAUAAUCCUAAAGGGGAAGAAAAUCAUCUACAACAGUCUAACAGAGACAAUUGAGAAAAACAUGAAAAAGUGCUAUGAAGACGCACAAAAAAUUUCUGGAACUGAUGCACUGAAAAAAAUGAGGAAGACUAUUGAGACACAUGUAUCCUUAAAUAGGAACAUGUAUGAGGAUGCAAAAAAGACCAUGAUGAAGAAGAUGAAUGAACUGAUGACGAUCAUCUGUAAGGAACUGGAGGAAACCAUGGACCACUCCAUUAAACACUCACUCAAGGCAUCCACUUUGAGUGAGAGUCUCCCAGAUGUUUCAGGGGAUCUUGAAACUGUGCAGCAACAUUACAAUGAAGUUAAGCGCAGUCAA